AUGAAAAAAGUCGCUAUCGUUGUGAUCUGUAGUGUUUUGGUACUAUUGAGUCGGCCAGUGAAAAGCCGAAAAUGUUAUCUAUGCAGUUGUGAGUAUGAAUGGGAAACAAAUGGCGGUACUUGUGGCAAUGCAGACUUUGCCACGAAUUGUUCUCUGACUGAAGUUGGCGAUAAAUACUGUUACAUAAUUAGUACUUAUGAUGGUACUUAUGAAACUCGUGUUUUCGAAUCGAUUUCAUCGAAUAACUUACAAGAUUCCCAUUUUAUUCAAGCAGUUGAAACAAUCGCUCUGUCAAGCACAGUAUGGCUUCCGACUACGAUCAGUUCUAUUGCUUAUGGAUGCGAUUGGGACGGUUGUAAUAAUGUUACACUUGCAAACUAUUUACCUGAAUCAUUUCAAAUGAAAAUCGAUCAGACAAUUUUAAAUACUGAAUUGCUCGAUGGACAGUUACCCGCAAAAGCUUGUUAUUCAUGUGGAAAAUGUAUUAAUGAUUUAACUGCUGUUCUAUGUAAACAGGUCUCAUGUCCAAAUGGUAUCUGUUAUAUCGAUGAAAUACAUAAUUAUUUUACAACAGCCCAGAACAAUUGCACAUAUAAUUUCUUUAGUUAUUGUGAGUCAUUUACUAAUCCGGUACAAACACCAAGUGUUCGAAUGCGUGCAACGUACUAUAUCGAUUUGCCCUCGAAUAGACAAUUAGAAAUCGAUGAAGUCGAUAUUCGAUGCACAAAAGAUUAUUGCAAUUCAAUUCAAGUUGUGGAAUAUUUAAAAGGACAAAUUACAACAACAAUCAACCUCCAUUCCGAUUUCCGGCCAUCGCGGGUUAAUGCCACCACUACAACCUCUUCAACAACAACAACAACAACAACAACAACAACAACAACAACAACCGUAACUGGAAGCACAGACUCAGUCACAACACAAUCAACAACUCGACCAACAUCAACCAAUUCAGCAUCUGAGUUGGCAAGAUUAUAUCCACUCGGUGUCUUCUACAUGAUCUUAACAUUCUUACUACUCUAA